AUGUCGUCAGCUCCGUUGCUUGCUGACUCACGAGUUGGGAAGAGAUCAUCUCGGAAGAAAGAAACUGUCCUUCAGUCAGCAGAAAAGGACUACCCCUCAGCAGCCGCUCUCCACCGCGCAGAACACUUCACCACCCCAAGCCCGCCUAGCACCGCCCCCUACGUGCCCAGGGCAUACUGGGACGACCGCAGCCCCGCCUCGGCACUGGGUGACGGGCGCGGGACGGGGGAGGCGGGACCGGAGGGCGGAACGUGGGGAGGCGGAACGUGGGGAGGCGGGACCGGAGGGCGGAACGUGGGGAGGCGGAACGUGGGGAGGCGGGACCGGAGCGCGGGACGUUGGGAGGCGAGACGCUCCGCCCCUUCCCCUGCCCCCGCCCAUAACGACACUGCUGCGCCACCCCGCCCCCGCCGGCAGCCGCCCGCCAAUCAGCGCGCGAAUAGAAAGGGAGGGCGAGAGGUGCGUCUCCUUCCGCUGGGGCAGUUUGAAACGGCCGGUGGCAGUGGCAGGGGUGGCCGCUGUCGGCAGGAUCAAUAUGAAGAACUGCUUUGUUAUGCUGUAGUGACUUCGAAGUUUGAACAGUGUGUUUUCAAGUGGUCAGAGCCUGCUUCAGAACUGACAGCAGGUGGCAGAUUUUCACGUGUAAGGGAUGAUGCCAUUCUCCAUAAGACUCCAGUCUUAAUAUCGGUGAAAGAGCCUCCUGAGGCCAAUAUGGAAAGACUUUGCCCUGUUCCUUCAGAAGAGACUUCUUCACAAGGGUCCACGUGUGGUCCAGCAGAAACCAGUGAAAUCAUAGUGACUGAAUUAACUUUACCUGACGAAAAUGUAACUCAAAUAGAAAACAUACUUGAUUUUUGGAGUGGAAGUCUUAAGACAAAUGUUCUGACUGAAUUGAGAAAAUGGAAGCUUAGUUUGAUUGAACAUCAUAAACUUCAAAUGACACAAGAAAAAGAGAAACAUGCUGCACAUGUGAGACAACUGAACAAUGAGAUGGAAAACUUGAAGGAGUUGCUACACACUUACGAAAUCUCUCUUGGCAGGAAAGAUGAGGUGAUUACUAACUUGACCCAAGCAUUGGAGAGACAAAAGGAGAGAACAGAGUUGAUGAGAAAGUUUACACUGUGGCGGAUUCAGCAUGUUAAAGCCAAACAAGAGGAAUAUGAAAACAGAAUAGCAGACAGGCAAUUCCGAACAGCUUUGUUGAAGAAAGUAUGGGCUGCAUGGCGUUCUCUUAGUGAAGGAAAAUGGAAAGAAAAAGUAGAAAAAGCCUGUCAAUUAAGGGCUGAAGAUGUCUGUAUUCAGCUCACCAAUGAUUACGAAGCUAAAAUUGCAGAGCUAACUGCUGCUUUGGAACAGACAAAAGCUGAGAUGCUGCGGCUGCACAGUGAAAGAGAACAGUAUGAAGACACCAUGAAGAAAGCCUUUAUGCGUGGUGUAUGUGCUUUGAAUCUGGAAGCAAUGACCAUGUUUCAGGGCAAGGACAGUAGGACAGAUCCUGAUGUAGGAAGUAGGAGAAACGAUAAUGGUACCAUUGUUGCAGGAAGACCCCCUCCUUCACAAUACAAUCCACCCUCACCACCACCUCCACCAGCAGCUGCUCUUCCGCUGGACGACAUGUUUUCUACCCACCUGGAUCACGCGAGCACUUCUCAGACCAGGCUACAUUCUGAUUCUCCAGUAAUUGUCACUAGCUCAGCUGCAGGAUAUGGUGUGGUGGCAACCCAAAGACUGCCCACGGCAAAAGUCAUAACAUCUGCUCAACAGAAAGCGGGAAGAACAAUCACUGCUCGAAUCACAGGGCGAGCUGAUAUGGGACAAAAAGCCAGAAUCUGUGGUAGUUUAGCAGUGAUGGGAGUUGCUCCACCCAUGAGUUCAGUCAUUGUUGAAAAACAUCAUCCAGUUACUCAGCAAACCAUAUCCCAAGCUACUGCUGCAAAAUAUCCUCGAACUCUGAUCCAUUCUUCUGGUUCUACCACUGUGAGACCUCCAGGACAAGCUGGGCGAAUGCUUCAAGGUCAAACUCAGACCAGUAUUCAGUCAAUAAAAGUUGUUGACUGAGUACCCUUCUCACCACUAGGAAGUUUUAUCAAGGUACUAUUUAAACCUCUUCGCAGUCUUUUCAGAUUUGAUGUAGCAAGACCUAAAGUAUGUAUCAUGUUUUCACCCUUUUCUAAAAAAAGAAUUUUAAAGUGCUUUUAUAGUAAACAUCUGGAGGGGGGAGGAAAGAACUACCUCCAAAGUACCUGAGAACUUAUUUUAUUACAACACUUUUUAUUUAAGGGAUCUUUUGCCCACUUUUAAAUAAAGGAUAGAACCUGA